ACAUGCGCAUUUCUCCAGCACGACCGCGGAGACGCACUCGCGACCCGGAAGGCCUUCCCGCCACACUCCAAAGCGAGCGUGAGGGGGGUCGAUGGCGGAGGGAGCGGCGGAGGCCCCAGCAGAGAGUGGUGACGGCGGCGACUCGGGAGCCAGUGCGCCGGAACGGGGGGUGGCGCCCAUCAAAGCUCAAUACCGCACCACCAAGGAGCAGUUCCACGAGUUCCUGGAAGCCAAAGGGCAGGAGAAGCCCAGCCAGGAAACCAAGGCAGGAGACCCUGGUGGCAAUGACCUGGUUGAACCUGAGUCCAAGCGGAUCCGACUGGAAGAUGGGCAGACGGGGGAGGCGGCUGAACCUGGGGAGCAGCCGCAGGUUCAGAAGAGAGCCCGGGGCCAGAACAAAGGCCGGCCCCACAUGAAGCCCACCCACUACGACAAGAAUAGGCUCUGCCCCUCCCUGGUCCAGGAAUCGGCCGCAAAGUGUUUGUUUGGGGACCGCUGCCGCUUCCUGCAUGACGUGGGCCGCUACCUGGAAACCAAGCCAUCGGACCUGGGCCCCCGCUGUGUGCUCUUCGAGACCUUUGGCAGGUGUCCCUAUGGUGUGACCUGCCGCUUCGCUGGGGCCCAUCUGGGACCCGAUGGCCAGAACUUGGUACAGGAGGAGCGGGUCCAGGCCCCGCCCGUGCGCAACGGCCUGGACAAGGCCCUGCAGCAGCAGCUGCGAAAGCGCGAGGUGCACUUCGAGCGCGCGGAGCAGGCCCUCCGUCAGCUAAGCCGGGGCCAGAUGCCAGCCCCCGCCCCCGCUGCCGAGCUCCCCAAGGGCACGGAGGCCGAAAAUGCCCCUGGACAGGACAGUGGUGACACUCAGGCCCUCCUGGGGCCAGACGCUGAUGGCCUUCCCAGCGGCUCGGUGUGGACCCGUGGGCCGCUGACGGAUGAGGAUGUAGUCAGGCUGCGGCCUUGUGAGAAGAGAAAGCUGGACAUCAGUGGCAAACUGUACCUGGCCCCCCUCACCACGUGCGGGAACCUGCCCUUCCGGCGGAUCUGCAAACGCUUCGGGGCUGACGUGACGUGUGGGGAGAUGGCCGUGUGCACCAGCCUGCUGCAAGGCCAGACGUCUGAGUGGGCUCUGCUCAAACGCCACCAGUGCGAGGACAUCUUUGGCGUCCAGCUGGAGGGCGCCUUCCCCGACACCAUGACCAAGUGUGCCGAGCUGCUCAACCGCACCAUCGACGUGGACUUCGUGGACAUCAAUGUCGGGUGCCCCAUUGACCUCGUGUACAAGAAGGGCGGGGGCUGUGCACUCAUGAACCGCUCGGCCAAGUUCCAGCAGAUCGUCCGCGGCAUGAACCAGGUGCUGGACGUGCCCCUGACCGUGAAGAUCCGCACGGGCGUCCAGGAGCGUGUGAACCUGGCCCACCGGCUGCUGCCCGAGCUGCGGGACUGGGGCGCGGCCCUGGUCACGCUCCACGGCCGAUCUCGGGAGCAGCGCUACACCAAGCUGGCCGACUGGCAGUACAUCGAGCAGUGUGUGAUGGCGGCCAGCCCCAUGCCCCUGUUCGGAAACGGGGACAUCCUGUCGUACGAAGAUGCCAACCGCGCCAUGCAGACCGGCGUCGCCGGGAUCAUGAUCGCCCGCGGUGCCCUGCUGAAGCCGUGGCUGUUCACGGAGAUCAAGGAGCAGCGGCACUGGGACAUCUCCUCGUCCGAGCGCCUGGCCGUCCUGCAGGACUUCACGCGCUACGGCCUGGAGCACUGGGGCUCGGACACGCAGGGCGUGGAGAAGACCCGCCGCUUCCUCCUCGAGUGGCUCUCCUUCCUGUGCAGGUACGUGCCUGUGGGCCUGCUGGAGCGGCUCCCGCAGAGGAUCAACGAGCGGCCGCCCUACUACCUGGGCCGCGACUACCUGGAAACGCUCAUGGCCAGCCAGAAGGCGGACGACUGGAUCCGAAUCAGUGAGAUGCUACUCGGGCCUGUGCCACCCAACUUCGUCUUUCUGCCCAAGCACAAGGCCAACGCGUACAAGUAGCCGUGCGGGCUGGAGGGGGCAUCUGAGGGCCCGGGGCUCUCCUGCUGCACAAGAAGACAAUAAAUUUUAUUCUUUUAAAA